AUGAACGGGAAGCAGCACUUCUCCAUGCACCCGGCCCUCCACGAGCCCAAGUACCCCGGCCUGCACUCGGGCUCGGAGGGCAUGCGCAGAGUCUGUCUGCCCCCCUCGCAGCUGCAGGGCAAUCUGUUCGGAGGCUUUGAUGAGAGCCUGCUGGCACGGGCAGAGGCUCUGGCGGCUGCUGACAGCAUCGUCUCUCACGGCAAGAGUCACCCGUUCAAACCCGACGUGACUUACCAUACCAUGAGCAGUGUCCCCUGCACCUCAGCCUCCUCCUCGUCCUCCACCACCGGGCCCAUCUCCCACCACCACCACCACCACCACCUCGGACAGACCCUGGAUGCCGGGGACCUCCUGGAGCACCUCUCCACCAGCCUGGCCGUGACCGGGAUGGGUGCUCCGGAGCCUCCGGGGGGGAUGACGGCGGCGCACCACCACCAGCACCCGCACCACCACCUGCAGACCAUGGGGCAGCUGCACCAGGCGAUGGCCAACAUGGCCCACCCCCACUCCCUGUCGGUGCACGGCGGCAUGGCGUGCGUCAACGACGUGGAGUCGGAUCCCCGGGAGCUGGAAGCCUUCGCGGAGCGGUUCAAGCAGAGGAGGAUCAAACUCGGGGUGACCCAGGCGGACGUGGGGGGUGCACUGGCCAACCUCAAGAUCCCCGGGGUGGGGUCACUGAGCCAGAGCACCAUCUGCAGGUUCGAGUCCCUCACGUUGUCCCACAACAACAUGAUCGCGCUCAAGCCGGUGCUGCAGGCCUGGCUGGAGGAAGCCGAGGCUGCGCACCGGGAGAAGAGCAACAAGCCGGACCUUUUCAACGGGAACGAGAGGAAACGGAAGCGGACCUCCAUCGCGGCGCCGGAGAAGAGGUCUCUGGAGGCGUACUUCGCCAUCCAGCCGCGGCCCUCCUCGGAGAAGAUCGCGGCCAUCGCGGAGAAGCUGGACCUGAAAAAGAACGUGGUUCGAGUGUGGUUUUGCAACCAGCGGCAGAAACAGAAACGAAUGAAAUACUCUGCGGUGCACUGA